AUGGACCUUGGUGAGCAGGAGCCCUGGCACAGAGGGACCAGGAUGGGCAAGAGCGACAGUCAUCCUCCUGCCCGGAUGGACGAUUAUGACUACUCAUUCGAAGUUGCUUCGAGAGACUGGGCAUAUGUAUCUACUGCCCAAAUCUUGGUAAGCCUGCCAUAUACCAGCCAAGAUUCACAUGGCAAUCCGAUACCCAGUGAUGCAACUUGGACAAGAAUCGACCGUCGAUUUAUAAGCGUCGAGAUGCUCCAAAAGGCCGGUGUGCGAUAUGAAGCGCGAGAGGAUUUUGUCGCCAUCCUCGGCGCCGUCACAAGCGCACAAGUCGUCGAGCUCGUGCAACAUAGCACCGCGAUACGACAGCAGCGCCGGCCGAGACACGGUACACAUGUCGCGGCGCCUUAUCGGGCGAAAUCCCACGAGUCUCAAUUCGCGCAGACCAAUACGCCAAGAGCCGGAAGGUCUGCGCUUCUCACUGCCGAGUCCGACUCAGACGAAGACGUGAACAGAAGCAGUGGGCCCAAGAGCAGGAACAGGGAAAGAUUACAACGCCGAACUGUGCGUGGCGGCAAGCAGAGAGACCAGCUACAGGGCGAAACGACAUAUUCUGUUUCGCGACUACAAGCCUCGGGGCAGAGUACCUCGAAGAUGUUGCCUCGGCAGAGUCUGAAAAGUACAAAGGGUGACCUGGCUGUCAAGACUCUGAGCAUCGCUGGAUCAGUCGCGAGCGUGAUUAGUUUGGCGAAAGACUUUUUGAAGGAGUAA